CCAACUUUCCCAUCGUCUAGUCUAAAUGAACUGAGGUUUAACACUCUUUAGGGUUUUAUCUCCAAUCCACGGAAAUUCCUCGCUCGCCAAUUUACUGCUUUUUAGCUUUGGGGACACUAGCGAAGGAUAGAAGAUGGAUACAAAAGUCUCUGUGUCUCCCAAAAGCCUCAUCGAUCAGAUUGUCGUUCCAGGUGAUGUUGUUCUUGAUUUGUCAAACAUGACUAACCAGACUAUCAAGCUCGGCAGUGGCCUCCGUCAGGAUGGUGAUGCUAUCUCUGCCGUGAGAGCUGGGAAGUUAAGUUACUCGAAGCCAAACACGUAUUGGGUCGAAAGUUCUCAUAAACGGUACAUACCUCGCCUUGAGGAUCAUGUUCUUGGAAUUGUGGUAGAUUAUAAAGCAGAGAAUUUUUGGGUAGACAUAAAGGGAGCUCAAUUGGCGCUUUUGCCGGGUCUUGCAUUUGAAGGAGUAACGAGAAGAAAUAUGCCCAAGUUUGAAGUCGGCACUUUGCUUUAUGCUCGGGUUGUCAAGACAAACACUGGAAUGAAUCCCGAGCUGUCCUGUACUGAUGCAAGCGGCAAAGCUGCAUUGUUUGGACCCUUACGAGAUGGUUUCAUGUUUGAAACUUCAACUGGUCUUUCAAGAAUGUUGAAUUCACAAACGUGCCCGGUCCUCGAAGCUCUUGGAAAGAAACUCUGCUUCGAGAUCGCCAUUGGCAUAAACGGCAGAGUGUGGGUGAACGCAACAGCUCCACGUUCAGUCAUUAUCGUGGCCAAUGCGAUAAUGAACUCAGAAUCCUUAAGUGGGACUCAGCAGAGAAUCAUGGUUGAGAAAUUGCUUGCAAAAAUUUCAGACUAAAACGUUGUCAGUAGCAAAGGGUAUUGUUUUUUUUUAUAAUGUAAUUGAACCUUUGAUACUCUUUUAACAAGUGAUUUUGAUUUAUUGAAACACAUUUUAUUAUACAGUGGAACUAGCGAUUAAAUAUUCCACAAUUCAAGAAUGUCUAAUAUGUUACAACA